UGUAACCCCGCCCCCUGCUCUUACGCUGCCCUCUCUCUUCUCCUGAACGCUGAUGUGUUACUAGCGUCAAGCUUCCACAGCCUGGAAAAAUGUUCAAAAUCGUCUCUAAAUUGUUGCUUGUUUUCCUUCUGGCCUUCCCAUGCGGGCUCAUAUCAGUCGGCCACGUUCACGCAGAUUCAGACCCAGCCGAGGACUCUUCGGAAGACACAGAUGCUGCUGUUGAUGAGGAGGACGAUGAGGAAGAGGUGGUUGUUGAAGAAGAUCAAUUACAGAAUGCGGAAGGAGAUGAAAAUGACAAUGAAGAAGCUUCUGAUAUAACUUCUCACACUGAUGCCGACACCACCAUCCUCUUCAUCACUGGCGAAGAGUUUCCUGCUAAUGAGAUUGUGAGGUUCCUGGUGGGAUUCACCAAUAAGGGAAGUGAAGCUUUCACCAUCCAGUCUCUGGAGGCCUCGUUCCGUUACCCCCAAGAUUUCCAGUUCUUCAUUCAAAAUUUCACAGCGUUGCCCCUGAACACCGUGGUCCAGCCGCAGGCUCAGGCCUCUUUCGAGUACUCCUUCAUCCCAGCUCAGCCCAUGGCGGGACGGCCCUUCGGUCUCGUUAUCCUCCUCAACUACCAGGAUGCUGAGGGCUCCAUGUUCCAGACUGCUGUUUACAACCAGACUGUCACCAUCACGGAGAAAGAAGACGGGUUGGAUGGAGAAACAAUGUUCAUGUACGUGUUCCUGGCUGGUCUGGUGGCCCUCAUGCUGUUUGGGAUGUACCAGCUUCUGGAGACCAGAACGAGAAAAAGGAUUCCUGUGAAAAUAGAGAAAGGCACUGUUGGAAUUAACGAUGUGGACAUCAGCUGGAUUCCUCAGGAGACACUUAAUGCCAUGAACAAGGCUUCUCCUAAGACGUCCCCACGGAAACGAACCAAAAGGGCGGCUGGAGUCGACCAGUAAGCUCCACUCUGCUUCUGGGCCUUCACGCUGCUCUACAGUGCAGCAUCCCACUUCCUGUUCAUCUGGGAAUGCUGGUUUUGGAAUUCAGAAAUGGUUUUAAUUUGACUUUCUGACCGACGAGCAUGAUGGACUGGAUCUCCACACCACUGUGACUUGUAUUAGCCUGGAAAGGCUUUGUCAGAGAUCGUGUGUCCUGGUGGUGGCAGCUGCAAGAACAAUCAACAUAACAGUGUUCUCACCCUGUUUUUUGGCCUUUUCCAACAUUUUUCCAAUCCAUUUGAGGAAAAAGCAGAAAACUUCAGCCUCACAUCAAAGGUGCAAGCUCCCAGGCUGAUUAACAAUGUUUUUUUUUUAAUAAAACAACAUUUUAAACAGUACAA